AUGGAAGCUCAAGCUGUGAGUGUGCUGCAGGUCUGUGCGGUGAUGGAUAGGGAAAUGAUAGAAUAUGCUGGAGAUGUGGUUCAGUUGGAGGUCCUUCAGAAAGAAGACAGACGGAGAGGUAUAAGAAGGCAGAGGAGGUGGUGGGUCAGAGACUGGCUGAGCAGGAGAUCACUAUAUGGUCAUUUUGAUAUUCAUGUACAAGAGCUGCGACUAGAAGACCCAAUAGCCUUUAGGAAUUUCCUCCGCAUCGAUCGUGAGACCUUCCAAGAACUGCUAUAUCAUCUUGAAGACCACAUUACAAAGAAAACAACCCGCUGGCGAUGUGCUGUGUCCCCAGGAAUGAAGCGUGCACUGACAUUGAGGUUCCUAGCAACUGGCGACAGCUAUCACUCCCUGAUGUAUGGGUUCCGUGUUGCUCACAACACCAUCUCUGGAAUAGUUGUCGAGGUGUGCCAAGCCAUCAUAGAUGUGUUUGAAGCCCAGGUCAUCAGGACACCAACCGAACCUAAAGAGUGGCUUGAAGUGGCUGAGCAGUUUGCAACUAGAUGGCAAUUCCCGCACACCUUGGGUGCCCUCGAUGGCAAGCAUAUUGCUAUUAAGAAACCCAACAAGGCUGGCUCCACCUUCUUCAACUACAAGGGAUUCCAUUCGAUUGUUCUAAUGGCCUUGGUAAUUGCAAACUACAACUUCCGGUGGGUACAGGAUGGCGAUGUGGGUUCGAGCUCCGAUGCACAGAUCUGGAACCGCUGUGACCUGAAGGAGGCAGUUCAAGCAGGAGUCAUUGGUAUACCGGACCCAGCUCCACUUUCCGGUGAUGACAGACCGAUGCCAUACUUCCUCAUUGGUGAUGAUGCCUUUGGCAUGGAAACCUGGCUUAUGAAGCCCUUUGCCAGACGGGGCCUCAGUCACGAGGAGAGAAUCUUCAACUACAGGCUCUCCAGGGCCGGGAGAGUGGUUGAGAACGCAUUUGGGAUAUUCGCCAACUGCUUCAGAUGUCUCCUUCAGACACUUAACCUGGAAAUAAAUACAGUCUCCCAAGUUGGGCGUGCAUGUGUCUGCUUCCACAACUUCAUCAGGACCAGAAACCCGGCUCAGGACAACAAUCUUAUUGACCAGGAAGACGAGGACCACAACCUUGUUCCUGGGGCCUGGAGAAACUAUGUAAACCUUGAGGACAUGGAGAAUAUCAGGGGCGGCAAUGUAGACGGCAGGGAGGCCAAGCAGCAGAGGAUAUACCUGAAGCAUUACAUGAACUCCCCUGCUGGCUCGGUGCCAUGGCAGGACAGGAUGGUGCGGUUGUAUUGA